CUCGCCGGCGACCCAUCGAAGGAAGAAACAUACAACCACCUCUCCACAAACCGCACAUCCGUCGCCAUGCUGUCGAGACAAGUCAUCCUCCGCGCUUCCAGGGCUGCCGCUCCCCAGCGGGCAAUUGCCUCGCAGGUCCGCUUCUACGCCGCCGCCCCGGCUGCCGCAGCCAGCGAGAACGUUAAGCCUCCGGUUACCCUCUUUGGCAUCGACGGCACCUAUGCCACCGCCCUUUACACUGCGGCCGUCAAGACCCAGUCGCUCGAGCCCACGGCCCGCGGCGUGUCCCAGCUCGAGCAGCUGGUCAAGAAGGACCCCAAGCUUGCCACCAUCCUCAGCGCCCCGACCCUGACUGCCUCCGACAAGAGCGCCAUCGUUGCCGAGCUCGAGAAGUCUUCGGGCUCCAGCAGCGCCGCCGUCAAGAACCUGCUCGAGGUUCUGGCCGAGAACAACCGCCUCGGCCUCUUGCCCGAGGUUUGCUCCAAGUUCGCCGAGCUCAUGAGCGCUGCCCGCGGCGAGGUUGAGAUGACUGUCACCAGCGCCCAGCCUCUGGACAACCGGACAUUGUCCCGCCUCGAGACUGCCGUUUCCAAGUCGAGCUACGUCGGUGCUGGCAAGAAGCUCAAGGUCACCAACCAGGUUAACCCUGACAUCAUUGGUGGACUUGUCGUUGAGGUCGGCGACCGGACUAUCGACCUCAGCGUUUCAUCCAAGCUGGCCAAGAUGAACAAGCUCCUUACCGACGCCCUGUAAAGUAGAUUAUCACACACACACAAAAGCCUCUUUCCAUUUGUUGUCGCCAUAUAAUCAUUGCGCAAGAGCACGCACAAUAAAGAAAGGCGGAACUUGUUCCAACUUGUACGAGAGUAGUAGAGCAGAAGGUAGAGAAACGGUACGACGUGUUUAUUGACAACCUGGCCAUGAGAACGUCGGUUUAAAACCUUGCCUUGUGUUUUAUUUUGUCCCGGAUGAAAAAAAAAAAAAAAGAAA